AAUGCGCACGCACCCUCCUCGAGAACAAAACCCAUAAAUUCUCGUAGUAUUUCUGCUCCAGGGGAGCGUUCGUGGGCGCGAAUUUAAUGGAUGUGGUCUCCUUCCUUCUAUUCUAUAUGUAUGUGUUGUUAUGGUCGUCUAACUCCAUGUGCAACAUUGGAAACCCCAUUCUCAUCGUACACCAUACCAAAGGAAUUUAUAAGAUAGGCAAGCGACCGAUAUGGCCCAUGAUAUAGAAAAUAAGGGCACGGUUGCUUCCCAAAAGGUGGAUGAGAAGGCCUAUUCGGAUGGCUACCGCAACAGCGAAGUUGAAUUGCCGGUCAAUACCCAGGUAGAAACAGAUCUUAACGUUACUGAGAAUGAUCUUGCCGAAGCGAAAGGGCUAGCUGACCGGCUUACCUUGGAAGAGAUUCGACCUAUGAUGGAAAGGGUGCUAAUAAUCCAUGAAAAUGAUCCGAAUUUCCCCUUUAGCAUCAUUCAGCGCAUCAGGGCGUUCCUAGGAAACGAGGAUAUCUUCGAGAAUCCUGAAAAACAUGCCGUCCUGGUCGACGAGAUGAAGCUAGAGGCUGCUCUUAUCACCGUCAAUAGCCCUUAUUCCGAGGUGCGCGCAGUUGUUGACAAUCACGACGAUGUUAGCAUACCCUGCGGGACUAUUCGAGCUUGGGUGAUUGGUUUGGGAUUUUCGGUACUCCUCGCUUUCAUCAACCAGCUCUUCUCCAUUCGCCAGCCGACGAUAGCUGUCCAGGCGAACGUUGCUCAGCUGUUGGCAUUCCCCAUCGGAAAGGCGUUUGAGAGAUUGCUUCCCGAUGCUGGCAUCACGCUCUGGGGUACGAGGCACAGUUUGAACCCAGGCCCCUUUUCCAGGAAAGAGCAUAUGCUCAUCACCAUUAUGGCAAACGUCUCGUGGAAUUAUCCAUAUACCAACAACAUUAUAUGGGUCCAAUACUUGCCGGCCUAUUUUAACCAGAGCUAUGCCGGCCAGUUCUCGUACCAGAUACUGAUUGCGCUUUCUACGAACUAUAUCGGCUAUGGAAUGGCUGGCAUAGUUCGGCGGUUCUUGGUCUACCCGUCAUAUUGCGUGUGGCCUUCGUCCUUAGUGACGAUUGCCCUCAACGCAGCUUUCCACAACGAUAGAAAUGUGCCUGUAGAGAGUCCGUUUGGCAAGAUCUUCACCGUCUCUCGCAUCAGAUUCUUCGGCAUAACCUUCACUGCCAUGUUCGUAUACUUCUGGUUCCCUAAUUAUAUAUUUACGGCCCUCAGCGUAUUCAGCUGGCUCACAUGGAUCUCGCCGAACAAUGUGAAUCUCUCCGCAAUCACGGGCUUUUACAAUGGCCUGGGUAUCAACCCGUGGCCUACUUGGGAUUGGAACACUCUACUCUUCGACACAACGGAUCCUUUGAUGAUACCCUUCUUUUCAACUCUAAAUAAAUUUAUCGGCGCCGCCAUGGCUUGUUGUGUCAUCGCUGCACUAUGGUAUACGAACACGUAUAACACUGGUUAUCUACCAAUCAACUCCAACCGAGUCUUUGACAACACGGGCGCGCUCUAUAACGUCUCCAACGCCGUGGACGAGCGUGGUCUGUUUGACGCCACUAAGUACGAGGCGUACUCUUUCCCUUUCCUGUCUGCUGGAAGCAUCAAUAUAUAUUUAUUCUUCUUUGCUAUAUACUCGGCCAUCAUCUCGUACGCGUACCUCUACCAUCGCCACGAAAUCAAGAUGGGCUUCGUAAACUUGUUCAACAGCUUUCGCAAGGAUAAGCGUGACGCAAUCAACGAAUACCAAGAUGUCCACAGCAGGCUCAUGUCCAAGUAUGCCGAAGUUCCUGAGUGGUGGUAUACUAUCAUACUUGCCGCUGCCAUCGCCCUCGGAUGCGUCGGGAUCGCGCACUGGGAAACAUAUACGAGUCCCGGUGUUGUCUUCUACGGCCUGGCACUCUGUGCCCUUUUCGUCAUCCCUAUAGGUAUCGUCAAGGCUAUAACUGGAAUUGAGGUUACGCUGAACGUGCUCGCCGAAUUCAUCGGAGGCUCAUUUGUGGCAGGAAACGCUUUGGCAAUGAACUAUUUCAAGUCGUUCGGUUAUGUCACCUGUGCUCAUGCACUUCUGUUUUCACAAGACCUGAAGCUCGCCCAUUAUGUCAAGAUCCCGCCUCGGCAGACCUUCGCAGCUCAAAUGAUGGGCACGCUGGUUUCCACUUUCGUCAGCGUGGGUGUGCUCAACUUCCAGAUUAAUCAAAUUCCAAAUGUCUGCACAGUCAACGCCCCCAACCGAUUUACCUGUCCUGGGAUCAACACAUUUUUUACAGCCAGCGUCCUUUGGGGGACCGUGGGCCCUAACUACGAACCUUACAGGGUCUUCGGCCGAGGAGGCAUGUACACUUGGCUAUUAGCCGGCUUCCCCAUUGGCUUUGUCGUUCCGAUAAUUAUUUAUUACAUGAACAAGAGGUUCCGGAAGACCUGGAUGCGUCAAAUACACCCUGUUGCCAUUUUCUACGGGAGUCUUUCGCUGGCCCCGUACAACUUAUCCUAUAUCUGGCCAGCCGUACCUAUUGCUUGGUUCUCGUGGGUCUAUUUGAAGCAGCGUUAUCUCGGGUUCUGGUCCAAGUACAACUUUGUGCUAUCUGCUUCUUUUAGCAGCGCCAUUGCUGUCUCUGCCAUCAUCAUAUUCUUCUCUCUUCAGUGGACGGAGGUUGAGCUGAAAUGGUGGGGCAAUUCUGUUACAUCUCAGGGAUGUGAACAGGACGCUUGCACAUUAUACCAACUCGGGGAGAAUGAGUACUUUGGCCCGCGUAUAGGGGAAUUCCAUUAGGAAUUUUAUCGCGUGCCUGUUCUUAAGAGUCACAGGAAACAUGUCUAGCUUAUAGCGAUUAGGUUAUAUAUUAGUGUUCUACUUCCACCUGAAGUACAUCGGGGUAAAGGAAGUGGCUUGUGUAGGUAUUACGAAGCUUGUGUAGUCAGCUGUAUUCAGCUUUAACUACACAAAUCCCUUCAAGGGCGACAUCCCGCGAGUC